CUGGGUGGCGGGUUAGUCAUUUAGAGUUUUAGGUAAUUCAACAGUUUUACUAAUAGGGAUUUAGUUUGAAAACGUAGGUUUGAGAUCUGUUUUGUGAGCAUUCACCUGGCAGAUGAACACCUGUCAGUGACAGUCAGCCAAUGAGAAAGAAGGGCGGGGAUAAACCCUGCUUUAUCAGUGUGAGGUUUGUGAUAUAAUACAUCAUUGACUAUAACCACAGAGGAGGGAAGCCUUCCUGCAACCGUGUCUAGAAUGGCUGACAACAAAAGUGGAGGAAGUGUUGCUACAGACAGCAAACCCGUGACCAACAGGGAUGCAGGCAUGGAGAACCUUACAGAGACUGUUGCUGUGACCAGCAGCAGCUCUCAGGAUCCUAGAGAGGAGUACAAGAUGGACCACAAGAGACGAGGCCUUGCACUCAUCUUUAAUCAGGAGCACUUUAUGGAUGAGAAACAUUUACCAACUAGGACUGGAAGCAAGGUUGACCGGGAUAACUUGGAGAAAAGCCUGAAAGAUCUAAACUUUGAAGUGAAGAUUUACAAUGACAAAAAAAAGUCAGAUGUUGAAGAGAAAAUCAGAGAAGCUGCAAAUGCCGACCAUUCAGAUGCAGACGGCUUUGUUCUCGUCUUCCUGAGCCAUGGAGAGGAUAACUACGUUUAUGCCUAUGAUGACAAGAUCAGCAUUAAAGACAUCACAUCCCCAUUCAAAGGAGACAAAUGCAAGAGCCUCAUAAGAAAACCAAAAAUCUUCAUACUACAGGCGUGCCGUGGAGAGAAGGCUGAUGUUCCAGUGACUUCCUAUGUUGUAGAAAGUGAACCAGAGUUUGUGGCAGAAGAGUAUGCCAUUUACACCCUCCCCGCUGGAGCUGACUUCAUCAUGUGUUACUCUACAGCUGAAGGUUACGUUUCCUUCAGGAGUACCAAAAACGGCUCCUGGUACAUCCAGGAUCUGUGUAAGGCGCUUCAAAAGCAUGGCACCUCCCUUGAAUUCACAGAUUUACUCACACUGGUCAACAUGAUGGUGUCACAGAAAGAAUUUGAUGGGAAGAAGCAGAUGCCUUGCUUUGCUUCAAUGUUUACCAAGCAACUGACCUUUAAACCAAAAAAGUAGCAGUUUCACACCUUUUGUAUUCUAAUGCUUCAGCUGUGAGGCUUGUGUGGUUCUUCAAUCAAAAUCUGUACUGCAAUUUUACCUACUUGAUCAGUUGGAGCACUGUAACUUCAUUGUAGCUUUAUUUCUGCUCUGUUGUCUUUAAUUUUCUAAAUCAACUAAAAAAAAUUUCAGCUAAUCCAAUUCUAUUCAGUCUUGGCUGAUGUUAUUUAGAUUAAGUUGCUAAUCUGUUCUUUUUAAAUGUCAUUAUAAUGCCUCUCUUUGAUUGUGUAAAUAAUACAAUUCUUGACACUUACUAUAUUCCCUUCAGCCUAGUGCAGAGGUGUCAAACUCAAGCCCCGGGGGCCAAAUCCGGUCGUGGAACAGUUAUGUUUUAUUUCUGGUGAAAUGAGGUUGACAGUUUAUGGUUCAAAAGGUGACCCUGUAAGGGUUCAGGUCAGACCUGAAUCCAGAAUCCAGCCCCUGCUGUGAUUGAGUUUGACACCCCUGGUCUGGUGCCUAAAUUGUGUUGUAGCUUUCUUUUUCUCAGAUGAAUGUCACUUUGGACAAAAGUGUCUGCAAACUGAAACUGUAGAAAUGAAAGAAAUUUGACCUGCUUCUGUGUUUGUGUGACAAAUAAAACUGCCUUGUUUCAUUUUAUUGAACAAAUUAAUCAAUUAGCCUGAUCUUUAAACUGGAUAAAGUUCCAAUAAAUGAUUAACUGACAUUGU